AUGUCUCUGAACUCUACUGCCUUCUCCCACCCUCCGUAUUUCCUCCUCAUUGGCAUCCCUGGGCUGGAGAAGGAGCAGUUCUGGAUUGCCUUCCCCUUCUCUAUCGUGUAUGCCAUUGCCAUGCUGGGGAACAUCACCCUCCUCCUUGUUGUAAAGGCAGAGCAGAGCCUACACGAGCCCAUGUACCUCUUCCUGGCCAUGCUGGCCUUCACUGACCUCGUCCUGUCAACAUCCACGCUACCCAAAAUGCUUGGCGUCUUCUGGCUGGGCUCAAAGGAGAUUGCCUUUCUCUCCUGCCUUGCCCAGAUGUUUUUCAUCCAUACCUUCUCGACGGUGGAGUCGGGCGUGCUCAUGGCCAUGGCCUUGGAUCGAUACAUCGCUAUUUGCCACCCGCUGCGGUACUCCAGCAUCCUCUCUGUGCCCGUGGUGGUGGCCCUUGGGAGCCUGGUACUGGUGCGUGGGGUCCUCAUGGUGAGUCCUGUCUGCUUCCUCAUCUGCAGGAUGACCUUCUGCCAGCAUCACGUCAUCUCCCACUCCUACUGCGAGCACAUGGCAGUGGUGAAGCUGGCUUGUGGGGAAACCAGAGCCAGUUACGUUUAUGGCCUCUUUGUGGCUUUCACAGUGUUAGGAUGUGACGUGAUCCUGAUCUCUGUGUCCUACACCAUGAUCCUGCGGGUGGUAAGGAGCUUGUCAUCCACAGAGGCACGACAUAAAGCCUUCAACACUUGCGCAUCCCAUGUCUGUGUCACCCUUGUCUUUUAUGCCCCUGCCAUCUUCACGUUCCUUGCCCAUCGGUUUGGGCAGAACAUCCCUCCCCACGUCCAUAUACUGGUGGCCAAUCUCUACCUGCUGCUGCCCCCCAUGUUAAACCCUGUUGUUUAUGGGGUGAGAAUCAAGAAGCUCAGGGACACGGUGGUCCUCCUCUUCCAGCGAAAAGGAGCCUGA